AUGACCGCCGAGAGCCGGCUGCUGCCGGGCCCCCCCGUCGCUCCCCCGCCGCUGAAGGCGGACGCGGCGCCGCCAGGAGAGGAGGAGGCGGCGGCGGUGACGGGGUCGCGGGGCGGGCGGCGGCGCCGCAAGCGUCCGGCGGAGCGGGGCAAGCCGCCGUACAGCUACAUCGCUCUCAUCGCCAUGGCCAUCGGGCAGGCGCCCGAGCGGCGACUGACGCUGGGCGGCAUCUACCGCUUCAACGAGCGCUUCCCCUUCUACCGCGACAGCCCCCGCAAGUGGCAGAACAGCAUCCGCCACAACCUCACCCUCAAUGACUGCUUCGUCAAGGUGCCACGGGAGCCCGGCCGUCCCGGCAAGGGCAACUACUGGACGCUGGACCCGCACGCCCGCGAUAUGUUCGAGAGCGGGUCUUUCCUCCGCCGCAGAAAACGCUUCAAACGCAGCGACCUCUCCACCUACCCGGCUUUCCUCGCCGAGCAGCCCGACGCUCCGUGCCGCCUCCUCCCGCUGCCCGCUCCGCCGCCCCCCGACCUGCCCCCGGCUCCCACCGCCUCCUGCGCCUUCGCCGCCGCCUUCCCCGCACAGGGCUGCGCCUCCGCCACCCUGCCCCACGCCUACGGCCCGCUGCCCACCGCCCCCGGGCCCUAC